ACAGGGACACACCGGCACUUCCCGGAUGGCCGGGAAUGGCAGGGACCCACCGGCACCCCCGGGAUAGACGGGGACCGGUAGGGACACACCGGGACCCCCGGGGACGGGCAGGGACAUCCCCGGUUCCUCUCGCCCCGCCGUGCCCGGGCCCCGCUGACCGCAUCGCUCUGCUCCGUCCAGGUCGGGGAUGGCCUGACCCUGCUCCGCUGGGCACCGAGGGGCUGCGGGAGCCCCCGGGACCCCCGGGACCCUCCGCCGGGCCCGGUGAGGUGAGCGCAGCGCUGCCGCUUCGGCGUCUCGGGAGCGAGGAGGAAAACCCGCAGCGAGGAGCUCCCGUCCCUGCGGUCUCCGGGCACCGGGAGCAGCCCCGGGGUCUGUUCUGAGCCCGGAGGCGGCACCGGGGCCGCCCCGCUCGGUCACACCGGGCACCGCUCGGUGCAGACGGGGGUCGCGGAGAUGGAGCCCCCGGCCGCCCCGCUCAUCCCAGGGGUGGGGGACGAGGUGACGCUGGUGGCCGGGGUGGCCGUGCUGGCGCUGGCUCUGGUGCUGGCCUGGCUGUCCACGUACGUGGCCGAGGGCAGCGGGCAGCUCCUGGGCACCGGGGACGCGGCCGUCAUCCGCCUCGGGCCCCUCCCGCCCUACGCGGGAACCGCGGGGGCGGCCGAGGCCCCGGAGCCCCCCGGGAGCCCCGAGAGCGCGGAGGAGAAAGCGGAGGAGGAAGGGGGGGCGGCGGCGCGGGCGGACAGCGGGAACGGCCCCGGUCCCGGCCGGGAGCAGCUGCCGGACGCCGAGCCCGGAGCCCCCGGGGCGGGGGACGCGUGCCCCGGCCUCAUCAAGAUCCGCCUCAAGUUCCUCAACGACACCGAGGAGGUGGCGGUGGCCCGGCCCGAGGACACCGUGGGGAUUCUCAAGAGCAAAUACUUCCCGGGCCAGGAGAGCCAGAUGAAGCUCAUCUACCGCGGGCAGCUGCUGCAGGACCAGGCACGGACGCUGCGCUCGCUCCGCAUCACCGACAACUGUGUCAUCCACUGCCACCGCUCCCGGGGGAGCGGCGCGGCCACCCCCGCCCUGCCCGAGCCCGGCCCCGCCGGCCCCGCGGCCCCGGCGCUGCCGCUGGGCGGGGGGACGCUCAUGGUGCCCACGGUGAUGGUGGUGCUGGCGCUGGGCUGGUAUUUCCGCAUCAAUUACCGGCAGCUCUUCACGGCCCCGGCCACCGUGUCGCUGAUCGGUGUCACCGUGCUGGUCACCUUCCUGGCCUUCGGGGUGUACGGACAGGCGGGGUGAGGGGGAAGGAGCGGGGGAGGCACCGCGGUGUCGCUGUGCCCGCUCUGUGACCGGAGCCAGCACGGUGGCAGCUCCGCGUGUUGGUCCCAGCCUUGCUGCAGGACUUUACCCCCCAAAAAGGGGCUGUGCCCCCCCCUCAAACCCCACUGCCCGGCCCCGGCCCCAGCUCCGGGGAGCGGGACAGCACCGGAACGGGCCGUGGCUUCUUCCCAAGGACUUUUUAAUGCAAAUAAAGGGUGUCAAGUCA